UUGUGCGGUCGCAUUUAUGGCAGUUUAAAUGCAUCAGCUAAAUAUGUAUUCGACUUUGCUGAUUUCCUGCAUGUUUGUGACGAUUGUGACGUCGAGUCCCUUCAACUUCACAUCCAUCGGUUCGGGAUUUCCGACGACCCAGGAACAGGUCAGCCUGCUUAGCAACGUGCAGGAAGUUUUCGAACAGGUCAGAACCGUCGUCGCCGACGAGACCCAAGCAACAGAUGAAUCCGUCGCCACCGACGUGGAGGGUUUGGUCAAUCGCGGACGGGAAAUACUGAUGCUCUAUCAGGAACUGGUCAUCAGCAGGAUAACGGCCUUUUCGAAGUCCUCGUGUGCGACCGGCCCGAUAGAAAAGACCCGUGAAUCGGUGAAGGAGGGCAGAGUGUUGCUGAACGGCUGUUCCCAAACCGCCAUCGAGAACGUGAUCGAGAGCUCGUUGCACACGAAAAACACGACCAAUGCGGCGAUGGUGAGAGGUCAGGAGUUGCUCGACGAGUUGGGCAAGUGCAGCAAAAAGCCCGCCUUUCAAUUGGUGCCCUGCUACAAGAGGAUCAUAGACACGGACGUGGUGCCGGUUAAAAAGGCGCUUUUGGAGGCCAUCAACGGCCACAAAUUAUGGCACAUGAAGGCGAUCGAAAUUAGGAACGAAGCCGCGGAAUGCGUCGACACGAUUGUGGAGGGCUACAAAGUUAUGGUCGACAGGCAUUUGAAGAACGCUUUGAACUGUUAAUAAACGAUUGAGCCAGUA